AUGAAAGUUUUUCAAUUUUAUGGAAUUUCUCAGGUGAUGUGUUUAUUAUUACAUUUCCAACUAACUAUACAAACUCAAUGUCCUUCAUUAAAUCAAAUAAGUAAUGAUUUAAUUAAACAAAUAAAUGUUGAAAAUGAAUCACAUAUUCAUUUUUCACCUGUCAAAAUUGGUGCUAGUUAUUUAUUAUGGAAGAUUGGUUCAGGAGCAAAAAUAUUUUUGCAACAUGGUUGUUCAAAUGUCGUGCCUAAUAAAUUAACAAGUUUAAAAUGGAUCAAAGAUAAGCAGUUUGUUAUUUUGAGUAGUGUUUAUUUACUUGGAAGAGCAACUUCUAUAAGUUUAUCGGUAUCUUGUGUAAGACAAGUUUUCCACAACUUGAAUAACUUAGUCACUUAUAAAAGAACUGAUUCGUUUGAUAUAGCUUGGGAAGAUUAUAACUUAACUAAGGCUAAUGAUAUUUCUAAUCUAAUAGAUAUGAAAGUAUCAGAAGAGUUAGAGGAUCUAGGCUAUCACAUUGUUGAUGUGGUUAAAGGAGAAGAUCCAGUAUUUGUAAUGAUACCAAUAGUUGGACAUGGUGAUGUUGGCAUAUUUUUGACAGAGACCACUAUGAUUAAUGAAGUCUUAUCCGGGUAUGUUUCAUACAAGAAGGAUCGUAUGUCAAUCGCUGGAACUACCAGUAAAACUUGGUGGAUGUUGUAUGAAGGGUCCAGUUCUGGAAUUACAUGGAAUUUGUACGAAGCGUCAGAUACAACUACACAAGAAUACAAUGAUAACUGGUGUAUAGGAAUGUAG